AUGAACGAAAAACUUAAAUCAAUCCAAAGGAUCCCUCUACUUACCAUCACCAAGGCGUACUCGAGAGUUAGCUCUGAAGCUGUACAGAUACUAGCUGGCAUUGUCCCAAUUCACCUAAAGAUCCUCGAGGACAUUAUUAUCAAAAAGAUGAGAUGGGGUUGGAGGACGGAUGAUUUGGUUCAUGUUUUUCCAGAGUGCUCCACACAGAAUAUUAAUUUUGAUACUCCAGCCCCACUGCACCCAUCUAAGUAUCGCUCCUUGCUCUGGGGGUAUGAUUGCACAAAAGAUCAGGGUUUGGAGAUUGUCACCGACGGCUCUAGGAUGGAGACUGGCAACGAUAACACCAUCAGAACUGCUUUUGCAUUCGUUGUCUAUUUUAACAGAGUAGAAACACAUCAGGUCUCCACUAGGGUCGAAGAUAACACUAACAUCUUUAUUGCUGAACUGGCCAUCAAAUCGGCGCUGCAAUGGCUUCAAAACAACAACAUUACGGAGGCAACAAUUUAUUCAGACUCUCUUUCAUCGCUACAGGCCCUGGAUGACCCACAGCCCACAUCAGACAUUAUUGAAACGACAAAACUGCUCUGGAAACAAAAUAUGAAAUUAAACUGGGUUAAGGAGCAUGUGGGCAUCCAGGGUAACGAAGAAGCUGACGAAGCAGCCAAGAUGGCCAUUGGGUUAGACACGGUGGAACUCCAAGGGCUGAGGACCCCGAAACAGGUUAAGAGUAAACUGAGGGAUAGUAUCAUUAUUAGAUGGGCUGAGGAGUGGAGGAACUGUCCAAAAGGGAGGCAAAUCUAUGAUCUCAUUAAAACACCAUCAACUAAAAGGUUACUUACAAACUUUUACCUAAAUCAAUUCAUUACUGGCCACGGAGUGUUCGGAGUGUAUCAAAAAAGGUUUUUCAACAAAAGUGGUAUCUGUCAAUAUUGCACGGAAGAACAAACCAUUCACCACCUACUUUUUGAUUGUGCACGCUUCCGGGCACUCCGAGGGGAUAUCUUUACUAAUAAAACUGAGCAUCAGAUCUUCUCAAGUAAUGACUGCAAAAAUAUCGUCAAGGAAAUCAUUAGGGUCACACUAGAAGAUCUACUAAAAAUUAAUCAGGUCUAG